CGCUUUCCUCCUCUGCUUCUAAUGAAUUGAAAUCUCCAGGAGCCGCCACAUCUCUGGUAGUUUUACAAAACUGUCCUUGCUCUUCUUGCGUUUGCCCAGUCAAGGGUAUUUUUGCCUGAGGUCGGAAUGAUGCUGUUAGUCCUGGUGAUAGGAUUGCAGAGAAACACAGAGCAGCUCUGAGAGGGGAGGAGGAGGAGAAGAAGGAAGACAGGGAGGUGGGAGAAACAGAGGGAGAGUGUGCAUACAGCAACUGUCGGCAUCCCUGUCUCAGGGACUUCUUUGCUGAUUCACAGAGGCAGCCCAGCCCCGGCCUCCCAGCUUACAGCUGCCGCCUGCUUCUCAGACCUGACGGAAUCAGAAGCUACAUAAUAUUCUACCAUGUGAGUGGCUAUCAUAAUAAAUAACAGUUGAAUAUUUACUAAAUGCCAGAAACUAUGAAUUAACUCCUUGCAACAAAGCUAAGAUGUGCUUAAUGAUCAAUAGCUGGUGCACUGCCUAUCCUCACCUCCCCAUGAGCCUUGGUUUUUAUGCAACCUAUGGUCAUGCAGGGAUGCCCUUAUACCCUCCCACGAUGUCAUGAUUGGCAGGCAGCUGACCAGUUCCAUCAUAGCAGCAGCCUCCGAAGCACCUGCCCCCACCCUCAGGUUAGAGCUGUUGUCACCAGCCCUGCACCUCCUCAAGAUGGUGCUGGGGUUCCCUGCCUAAGCCUAAAGCUGUUGAACGGGUCUGUUGGUGCCUCUGGACCCCUGGAACCACCAGCCAUGAAUCUGUGUUGGAAUGAAAUAAAAAAGAAGUCUCAUAACCUCCGCGCUCGCCUAGAGGCCUUCUCAGACCACAGUGGAAAGCUUCAGCUUCCUCUUCAAGAGAUUAUUGACUGGCUCAGCCAAAAGGAUGAGGAGUUGUCAGCUCAGCUGCCCCUACAAGGGGAUGUGGCCCUGGUGCAACAGGAGAAGGAGACACAUGCGGCCUUUAUGGAAGAAGUCAAGUCUCGGGGCCCCUACAUCUAUUCUGUGCUGGAGUCGGCUCAGGCCUUCCUGUCCCAGCACCCAUUUGAGGAAUUAGAGGAGCCUCAUUCUGAGAGCAAAGAUACCUCCCCGAAACAGCGAAUCCAGAAUCUCAGCCGCUUUGUAUGGAAGCAGGCGACAGUAGCCAGUGAACUGUGGGAGAAGCUGACAGCCCGCUGUGUGGACCAGCACCGUCAUAUUGAGCGGACUCUGGAGCAGCUCUUGGAGAUUCAAGGGGCAAUGGAGGAACUAAGCACUACUCUGAGCCAAGCCGAGGGAGUCCGAGCCACUUGGGAGCCCAUCGGGGAUCUCUUCAUUGAUUCACUCCCAGAGCACAUCCAGGCUAUUAAGUUGUUCAAAGAAGAAUUCUCCCCCAUGAAAGAUGGAGUAAAGUUGGUGAAUGAUCUGGCCCACCAGCUUGCCAUUUCUGAUGUGCACUUGUCAAUGGAGAAUUCCCAUGCCCUGGAACAGAUCAACGUCCGAUGGAAACAACUGCAGGCGUCAGUUAGUGAGAGGCUUAAGCAGCUCCAGGAUGCCCACCGGGACUUUGGGCCUGGGUCACAGCACUUUCUCUCCUCCUCUGUCCAGGUUCCCUGGGAAAGAGCAAUUUCACCCAAUAAAGUUCCCUACUACAUCAACCACCAGGCUCAGACCACAUGCUGGGACCAUCCCAAGAUGACAGAGUUAUACCAAACCCUAGCUGAUCUGAACAACAUUAAGUUCUCAGCUUAUCGCACUGCCAUGAAGCUCCGCAGAGUCCAGAAAGCCCUGCGCCUGGACCUGGUAACUUUAACCACAGCCCUGGAAAUCUUCAAUGAGCAUGAUCUGCAGGCCAGUGAGCACGUGAUGGAUGUGGUGGAGGUCAUUCACUGCCUGACUGCCUUAUAUGAACGUUUGGAGGAGGAAAGAGGCAUCCUGGUCAACGUGCCACUCUGUGUGGACAUGAGCCUCAACUGGCUCCUCAAUGUUUUUGAUAGUGGUCGCAGCGGAAAGAUGCGGGCAUUGUCUUUUAAGACUGGCAUUGCAUGCUUGUGUGGCACGGAAGUGAAGGAAAAACUUCAGUACCUCUUCAGCCAAGUGGCCAACUCAGGCAGCCAGUGUGACCAGCGCCAUCUUGGUGUCCUGCUUCAUGAGGCCAUUCAGGUGCCCCGUCAGCUGGGUGAAGUGGCAGCCUUUGGGGGCAGCAACGUGGAACCCAGUGUCCGUAGUUGCUUCCGUUUUAGCACUGGGAAACCAGUCAUUGAAGCAUCCCAGUUCCUGGAGUGGGUCAACCUGGAGCCCCAGUCCAUGGUGUGGUUGGCUGUUCUGCAUCGGGUCACCAUUGCUGAGCAAGUGAAGCAUCAGACCAAGUGCUCUAUCUGUAGGCAGUGCCCCAUCAAGGGGUUCAGGUACCGGAGUCUGAAGCAAUUCAACGUUGACAUCUGCCAAACCUGCUUCUUGACAGGCAGGGCCAGCAAAGGCAAUAAGCUGCACUACCCCAUCAUGGAGUAUUACACACCGACCACAUCCAGUGAGAACAUGAGGGACUUUGCCACAACCUUAAAGAACAAAUUCCGCUCCAAGCAUUAUUUCAGCAAACACCCUCAACGAGGUUAUCUGCCUGUGCAAUCAGUGCUGGAGGCUGACUACAGUGAGACGCCGGCUUCUUCCCCGAUGUUGCCACAUGCCGACACGCACUCCCGAAUUGAGCAUUUUGCCAGCAGGCUUGCUGAGAUGGAAAGUCAAAAUUGCUCCUUCUUUAAUGACAGCCUGUCCCCAGAUGACAGCAUAGACGAGGACCAGUACCUGCUGCGGCACUCCAGCCCCAUCACAGACCGGGAACCAGCCUUUGGACAGCAGGCUCCAUGCAGUGUGGCCACAGAAAGCAAGGGGGAGCUACAGAAAAUCCUGGCCCACUUGGAAGAUGAAAACCGGAUUCUCCAGGGAGAGCUGAGGCGCCUGAAGUGGCAGCAUGAGGAGGCUGCUGAGGCACCCACUCUGGCUGACGGCUCCACUGAGGCAGCACCAGACCAUUGCAAUGAAGAGCUUCUGGCUGAGGCCCGUAUCCUUCGGCAACACAAGAGCCGCCUGGAGACGCGCAUGCAGAUCCUCGAAGAUCACAACAAGCAGCUAGAGUCCCAGCUGCAGCGUCUGAGGGAGCUUCUCCUGCAGCCACCCACCGAAUCAGAUGGCAGUGGCUCUGCAGGCUCGUCCCUAGCUUCCUCUCCACAGCAGUCAGAAGGCAGUCACCCCCGGGAGAAGGGACAGACAACUCCAGACACCGAGGCUGCAGAUGAUGUGGGGUCAAAGAGCCAGGAUGUCAGCCUGUGCUUGGAGGACAUCAUGGAGAAACUCCGUCAUGCCUUCCCCAGUGUGCGAAGUUCUGAUGUGACUGCCAACACCCUGCUGGCCUCUUGAUGGAGCCAGAUCCCUAUCCUAUAGUUCAUUGUCCUCUCCUGGUUCCGGUCAAAGCCUUUCCUCAGCCUUCAUCCAACCUUUCCAGUUUCCGCUGGCCCCACAUUCCUCAACUAGUAUUAUUUGGGCUCUGGGCAGCAGCAGGGAUCUGGUGGUAUGUGAGGUGGGUGCGGGCAGUGAUGGGAGAAGGGGAGGCAUGAUUCCUCUGCCUCUAGAAAUGUUCCCUUUAAUCUUCAAGGUUGAGGUCAGUCCUUUAAGUACCUUUCUGUUGCAGCUCAGGCAAAUAUCACUUGGCCAUUCAGAUGGGGAACAGAGAAGCUGCCUUGCAGAGCUAAGCGGUACCCGUUGGCCCCUCUUCCUUCUCCGUGGAAUUAUGGAGAGAGAGAAGCCUAAUUACCCCAAGGUUCCAACAUUAUGAAUCCACAGGGUUUACCCGUACUCUCUGGCACAACUCAGGGAGGCAAAAGGGUAUCCCCGAGACACCUUCCCUGCCCCAAGUGCCCCUGAAAAAGUCUGGGCAGUAUGUGUUCUAUUACUUCAGCUCCAGGACAGAUCGUUAGCCAUCCUAAUGCUACCUAGGUACUGGCUUCUCCUCAAAUAUCUUCAUAUUCUUUAGCCUCAGUCCCUGACAGACCUUCCUUAAGGGGAGAGCAGUUCAUUCUGGUUCUUCCACGUUAUAUUUGGAAGCAUUACGUCUAUACUUCCGGGUUUAGAUUUUUUUUUUUUUUUUUUUUUUUAUUUUAACCCACAGCUUCCUAUUUCUUAAAGUGCUCAGCAUUUUGAUAGACCUACUGGUUUGCAAGUUGCUCUGGAAACCCGGCUGAAGCCACCCUUUGCUCCUCUGAGUCUGUACUCACAGACCUGGGAACACAGUGGCAGCUUGCUAAGCAAGGGAGUGUUGCUUUCCUUGGGUGAGGAAGAGGAAGCCCACCUCAAGUCUGGAGUAGUAUGACUGCCAUCCAACACCCUUCCAGGCUGUGACCCUUCUAGCUCUCAGGCUGAAUCAGGUGAGGUGGCUGAUUGUCCCCAGCUAAUCAUAAGGCAUUUGCAGCUGGCCACCCUGUGUAGUGGCCCCUCCAUAGGAGCCACAGGCCACAAAUCAGGAAGCUGGCCGCUUUCCACCCAGACAACAGCAAGGCCUUCCUGUGCCUAAAAUUGUUCUUUCUAACUCUAGAAGGUGAAUCCAAUCCUCAAACUGAACUAACUCUUCCUAGGCGACGUAUACCAUGAUCUCUUUAUCCAGAAACUGUUCAGAAUAGAUAGCAGGGGUGGGGGAGUGGGCUUGGGAAUGUUGAAUAGAUUCAGAGCCCACUUAGACAGCUUUCUACCAAGAGGAGCUUUAUAACCUAGAGCCCUGCAGUUGACUUCAUUUGCCUAAGUUUAUAUACAUACAUAUCUAUUCUACAUAUCUACUGUACAUCAGUGCUCUCCUGGCCUCACUCACACAUUAAAUUCUAAUACCUCUUGAAGUAUUAAUGUUCUGCCUUGCUCUUUGUUAGCCCCAGCCUCUGGUUGGAAAGAUAGAUGUAUCCUGGCUGCUCCCCUAGGAUAUCUCUCUCCAUUGAUGUUUGGGGUGGGCUGUCCUCAAGACCAAAGCAACAGAAACCCGUGGUCACAGAGAAUCUAACAGGAAGAGUCACUGUUCUCUUCACUCAUUCCAAAUCUUGUUCCCUUGAGACCUGGACCUUGGGUAAAUUUUCCUGGGCUCCCCUAAAUGGUUCAGGUGCCAGAAUAGAGCAAAUCCAAGCUCUGCCCACCCCAUGCAGAAAAGGACAAACAAGCCUUUAUUAGCCUUUGCCAGCUAAGACGUAGAGAACAUUCCAGCUCUUAUGAUCUCGCUCAGGGCUAAAGAAAGCAACAGUCGCCACCACAGUCAGGAGGGAGUGAUGGUUGGGGUGUUGUAUUAUAAUCCAGCAGUGGGCCAGUGGGUAGAACUGCUAGGAACCUAGUUUGAUCUGCCACAGGGGAGGCAGGGCAGCGGCUUGGGUCCAGAAGGUUUCGGUUGCCUCCUCCACCACAAAGCCACAGGUCCGGGGUGUCAGACUUCACAGCAUAACAUCUGCCUUAGUGUUCAUGAGGUCUCUGGGCAGAAGAACUGGGUAUCUGGAUAGAUGGUGAGCAGGUGGUAGGCAGGCAUCAAUCAUAGAAUCUGGGCAUCAGUCAGAGUGGGAGCAUAUUUGUAGGAACUUAGAUUGUGGGCAGGAAUGUGGGACAGAGGGCUCGAGGACUUAGAGGCAUAUACCUGCCUAAGCCUUAGGUGGGUACAUGUUAUGGAGCAAUUUUUUACCAGGAAAGUCCUGGAAAAUCCUUUGUUAUCCCCACCCCACCUGAGAGCUCUUGGGCUGCUGAGGGCCUGUGGCAACUGCAGUGGGCCAGGCAUGGUAGAAAAGAUGUAGAUCUUGUUAUGUAGGGUUUGUGUUGUAGGUGGACUGAAGCAGCAGGUCAGGAGUUGAAUUCUCACUAAGGGGUCACUCACACUUUGUGGUCCUGUGUUUACCUUAAUGCCUAAGGUGAGUAUAUUGUUCAAGGGUCAAGGGACAGUCACUGCAGUAUGUGUGGGGAAUUUUCCCACAGUAGAGUAAAUGGAUCCUUGGGUACUAUGAAUCCAACUUGGGAUUGGAUUUACCAAAAUGUAUUGUAUGUCGUUAGACAUCUUGUUGUGUAUUAGUCUCCUAAGGGUGUUGUGCAUGGCACUGUGUAGUUUCUAGCCCUACACUAGAAGGAUGGUGAAGGGAGUUGCUAGGUUGGUAGCCUAAAGAAAACCUUCUGACUGUGGGAUUAGCAUCAAUGAUAAGGUAUGUGAGCAUUUGCUGGGGUUAUUGUCAAAUAGUAUCAAAGAACAGUUAGGACUGAGAGGUGAUUUCUUCUUGACAGAAUUUGAUAGAGGCCAAAAAGCCAUUAUGAGGAUACCUCUGCUUCCAGUGACAGCAUAGUGGAUUCACAUUGAUUGGGCAUUGUCAUGGAAGGCUGACUAGCUGGAAGACAUCAGGCUGUGCUAUGCUUCCCUAGAGAGGACAUGUACCCUUCCCUCCAGAUUAGAAAGGCUAGAAUCAAGACUCUCAAGUGCCCAUUUUCUUCAAGGCCCAAAGUUGUGAAAUAUUUCCCUACAGAGAAAUCUGUUUGAGUUUCUGGUGCUCCAGGAAAUGGGUUGGCAAGACACAGAAAUGAGAAAACCUGAGGCCAGGAAGAGGCCAAUCCUAGGAGAUGUUUUUCCUCCGGAUUCAUUUUAAGGAAUACCUGUGCUUCCUGAUGUGUGUGCUUAAGAUUUGGGCUCCAUAUCCAGCAUUUGAACUCACAUUCUCAACGGCAGAGUCAUGGCCUGUGGCAUCAUUUCAAGGCCAAAAAUCCCAUCCAAUUUCUCUUCACAUAGGUGACAGAUAAGCAAGAAAGUAGCUAUCUUAACUCGAGCAGUUCUGGGAAAAAAACUGGGGGCCUUAUCCUGGGGAUGUGGAGACUUAAUUCUUCAGCUGUGUGGCUCCCGUGGGAACAAGGAACACUUUAGCUACUUCUUACUCUUUUAACACCAACUGCUGUGGGAGAAAGAAAGGCUCAAGGCCAGGGCUCAGCUCGCAGAGUCCAUCUUCUCCCACAGCUGCCACAUUUGAGAGGGGGCCUGCUGAAUGCCCUUGCUGUCCUCUAUGGCAGUGUUGAGGCCUGACCGAAGUCUGCUAUGCUGCUUGCUGACUGCAAGAACUGGUCACAGGAUGAAAAUUGGGGAAAGGAUUUGGGGGAGGUGACAAGGGUGGCAUGGAAGUCUAGGGGACAAAGGGACAGGGUUGGGAACAAAUUGGUUAACUUUGAUUGCCACUCACUGUGGUGCCUUCCCCCUUUCCCUUGAAUUCUGCUUUGAAAAGAAUAAAUUUGUACU